AUGGACUCAGACGAUGAUUUAUAUGAUGAAUUUGGUAACUACAUUGGAGGAUCAGAUGCAGAGAAUUCUAAUGACGACCUACCAUCUGUUAUUGACGAACAAAGUGACCAUGAAGAACAACAAGAAGAAAGAGAUGAGAAUCACCAAUCAUCAAGUACAUCAUUAAUUAAAUCUACAAUUGAUUCAAAUACAUCAGAAACCAUUUAUAUUGGACAAGAUCAAGAAAUAUCAAAUGAACCAGUUAUUAAACCAAUUGAAGAAAAAAAAAUGAAAAUAGAAUAUUCUACAAAUAAUUUAAAUAAAUUACCUGAAUUGAUUUAUUCAAGAGAUUAUCUUAUAUCUACAAUGAAUUCAAUUCCUGAAAGAAUAAGAAAUUUAGCAAUUCUAGGGAAUUUAGGAUGUGGUAAAACUACAUUUAUUGAUUCAUUAAUAUUAUUUACUCAUUCACCUUCAAUUUCAAUUAAAAAUAAUUUAAAAAAUUUCAAGCCGUUAAGAUUUAUGGAUAAUCAUAAAUUAGAAAUCGAUAGAGAAGCAUCCAUUAAAUCAAGUUGUGUUUGUUUAUUAUUAGAAGAUAUGAAGAACAGGUCUCACGUUGUCAAUUUGAUAGAUACUCCUGGGCAUGUAGAUUUUAAUGACGAGGUAUUAUCGACAUUAAAUACAGUUGAUGGAGUUGUAUUAAUGAUUGAUGUAGUCGAUGGAUUAACAAGUAGAGAUAAGUUAUUGGUUGAUGAAAUUAUAAAAAGAAAUUUACCUAUUGUAUUAGUACUCAAUAAAUUGGAUAAGCUAAUCUUGGAUUUAAGAUUACCUGUUAAAGACAGUUAUUUAAAACUACAAUAUAUUAUUGAUGAUAUAAACGAUUAUAUUGAAUCACAUCCUUUGAUCACUACGUAUUCCAAUCAUAAAGAAUUAUCACCUGAAUUGAACAAUGUUAUAUUUGCAAGUUCCACAUUUGAAGUUUCAUUUACAUUACAAAGUUUUGCCAAUUUAUAUAAUUCAGAUGUUGAAUUUAGCGGGAAAUUAUGGGGAGAUUAUUAUUAUGAUGUAGAGAAUUAUAAAUUUACUACUGAUUCACAGAAUAAUAAACUUCCAAGACUGUUUAUUUCAUUUGUCUUGGAACCUAUUUAUAAAAUUGUCACAUAUACGAUAACUGCUGAACCAAGUGAUAAGAAACUUGGCAAACUAUUAUGGGAUAAUUUUGGUGUUUCAUUACAUAAAUCAGACUACAAAAAGGAUCCUCAAGUAUUGUUGAAGACUGUAUUUAAAGCCAUAUUUGAUAACCAUUGUGGGCUUGUUGAUGUAAUUACCAAAUCUUUACCAUCACCUCAAAAACUGAAAACAAGAUUAUUACGUGGUACCCCAGAUAAAGAUAUUCCCGUGGAUGUUCUUGCGGAGGUUACAAAAUUAAUCGAAUCAACUGAUGGGAAAUCAUUUAAUUCAUUGGUUAGAAUUCACAAAGGAAGUAUUAAACUUGGUGAUAAAAUCAAAGUAUAUGGUGAAAAUUUUAAUGAAGAUAAAGAAGAUUAUAAAAUAGAAAAGGUCAGAGGAAUUUAUCUACCAUGUGGAAGAUAUAAAGUUCCAAUAAAUGAAGCUAAUACUGGUUGUAUUGUGAUUCUUGAAGGAAUUGAUUCAAUAAUUAAAAAAGGAGCAACAAUUACAGGAUCAAUGGAAAAUCUAGAUUAUAUUUUUGAUAUACCCAAAUAUUCUAUCAAUUCGGUUUUCAAAGUUGCUAUUGAACCCGAGAAUCCUUCUGAAUUACCUAUAUUAUUAGAAGGUUUAAGAAAAAUCAACAAGAAUUAUUUAUCAAGUAUUAUUAAUGUUGAAGAAAGUGGUGAACAUAUAAUUCUAGCCCCAGGUGAAUUCUAUAUGGAUUGUAUAUUACAUGAUUUAAGAUUUUUCUUUACCAAUGAUUUAGAAAUUAAAGUAAGUGAUAUAAUGGCUAAAUUUUCUGAAACUUGUAUUGAAUCAUCAUUUACUAAAAUUGGAAUUUCAAACCCUUCAAAAGAUAUUAAAAUUUCAAUAACUGCUGAACCAAUUGAAGAUUUCAAAUUAUCCAAUGCAAUAGAAUCUGAAAGAAUUAAUUUAGAUCAAAUGUCAACUCGUGAAAUUUCAAAAAUAUUACGUCAAGAAUUUAAUUGGGAUUCAUUAGCAUCUAGAUCAAUUUGGGCAUUUGGACCAAAUGAUUUAAUUACUCCUGAUAUUUUACUUGAUGAUACUUUAGAAUCUGAAAUAUCUAAAUCUGAACUUAAUAAUUAUAAAAAUUCAAUUAUUCAAGGUUUUAAAUGGAGUGUGAAUCAGGGACCUUUAUGUGAUGAACCAAUAAGAAAUACAAAAUUUAAAAUUCUUGAUGUUAUUACAAAUAAUAAUGAUUUAUCAUUAAUAAAUGGUACCAAUAACCUUGCAUCUCAAAUUAUUCCAAUUAGUAGAAGAGCAUGUUAUACUGGAUUUUUAACAGCAAAACCUCGAUUAAUGGAACCUAUUUAUAAAUUAAUCUCAAAAUGUACUCAUAAAUCAAUUAAUGUAAUUAAAAAAUUAUUACAACAAAGAAGAGGUUUUAUAGAUUCAGUUGAACCUAUACCUGGAACUCCUUAUUUUGAAAUCAUUGGUUAUUUGCCCGUUAAUGAUUCUGCUGGUUUAACUACAGAUUUGAAAUUACAUUCUCAAGGUCAAGCAAUAAUGUCGUUAGUGUUUUCGAAUUGGGAAAUUGUUCCUGGUGAUCCAUUGGAUGUAAAUGUCGAAUUGCCAAAUUUAAAACCAGUACCGGAAGAAUCUUUGGCAAGAGAUUUUAUGUUGAAAACAAGAAGAAGAAAAGGAUUAACAGGUGAACCUACAUUACAAAAGUAUAUUGAUUCAGAAUUGUAUAUAAAAUUAAAAGAGAAAGGAUUUGUAUUAUAA